AUGGUGAUAUCUUCUUCGUCUUGGUUUGUUGAUCUCCUUCCAUUAGUCAAUCUUCGUUCAUUGUAUCUGGCUCAGUGUUCGGAAGAGCAGUUCAAGCAGCUUAUCAAUAUGCGCCAGUUAACUCGACUUUCACUUCCUUGCAACAGCUAUUCAUCGACUUUUCUUGAACGAUUUGUGUUAGGUAAAGAAGUAGAACGCUUUCCUCAUCUUCAAUCCAUUGGCCGUAUCUGGUGCGAUUAUACAAGCUUUGAAAAUUUUUCUGCUACCACCGUGAACACAAAAAUUCGGCAUAUCCACAUCGUGGUACCAUCAUGCAGCUCACCAGCCAAUUUCAUUCAACGUCUCCCGGAAUUAAAUUCGAUUACUGUUGACUACUUAGGUAGCGAAAUCGAAUUUCCCUCAUCUUGUUUCAUCUUGGCCAAACUUUGUCAUCAGCGUAAUGAUGGAUUGAGCAAAGUUUCAUUGAAAAUGGAUUCAUCAUCAAAACCUAUUGAUCAAAAGAACUUGUUGCUUAUCACCUUCGCUCCAUAUGUUUACAGUCUUGAAAUCGAUUUUAAUGGUCAUUGUGAUUUUGUCAAACUAGCUCGAAUUCUUCAACAUUGCUCGAACCUUGAACGAAUUCAAAUUAGAGUUAAAUAUUAUCCAAAAGACCUUGAUUUAGAUUCUAUUCGUCAAUUGAAUCCUUUCUUUGUUAACUUCACUUUUGGUGACGUCCACAAGGAAACAGGCAACCCGGUGAUCAUGACCAAAUGGUCAAUAUAA